CUCGAAACCACCAUUGUCCACCACGUUUAAAAUAUUAUCAGGUCUUCAGGUUAUACCGGACCCAUAGUAAGACAAGAUGUCGUCGGACGAGAUUGUCUGGCAGGUUAUCAACCAGCAAUUCUGUUCUUACAAGCUCAAAACAACAAAAGAACAAAACUUCUGCCGAAAUGAAUACAACGUUAGCGGUCUCUGCAACCGCCAAUCCUGCCCCCUCGCCAACUCCCGCUACGCAACCGUGCGUUCCGACCCUGAAACCGGCGCCAUGUACCUCUACACCAAGACAGUCGAACGCGCUCACAUGCCCAGCAAAUGGUGGGAGCGCGUACGCCUCUCCUCCAACUACGCGAAAGCCCUCGAACAGCUCGACGAGCGCCUCAUCUACUGGCCCAAGUUCCUGGUGCAUAAGUGCAAGCAGCGUUUGACGAGGCUGACGCAGGUGUCUAUUCGGAUGAGGAAGUUAGAGAAGGAGGAUGGGAUGAUUGAGGAGACUGUUGUGCCGAAGUUGGCGCCGAAGAUUAGACGGAGGGAGGAGACGAGAGAGAGGAAGGCGGCUAGUGCGGCGAAGGUGGAGAGGGCGAUUGAGAGGGAGUUGAUUGAGAGGUUGAGGAGUGGAGCCUAUGGGGAUCGGCCAUUGAAUGUGGAGGAGGGGAUUUGGAAGAAGGUGCUUAGGGGAUUAGAACGGUCGGGUGAGGGCGAGAGGGAUGAAGAUCUGGAUGAUGGGGAGAGGAUUGAGGAUAUGGAUGAGGAGGAGGAGGGAGUUGGGGAGGUGGAGUAUGUUAGUGAUGUUGAUGAGGAUCUCGAGGAUAUGGAAGAUUGGUUGGGUAAUGAGUCUGCCGGUUCGAGUGAUUACGAUAGUGAGGAGGAUGAUGGCAGCGAGGACGAGUCUGACAGCGACGAGGACAGUGAAGAAGAGAAGAAGCCCCUGCCUGGCAAGAGGAAGCGUCCUGCUCCUCGCGCGCAACCCCGGAAGAAGGGACCGAAGAUCGAGAUCGAGUACGAGACGGAGGGCGCGGGCAAGGAGAAUGUCAUGGCAUAGGCUCUCUUCUCCCAUUGUUACGGAGGACAUCGAAAGAAAAGCGGACCAAGAGAAAAGUUAUGUUGGUUAUGUGCAUGGCGUUGGUCGGUUUCUGCUGCUGCUACUGUUACUGCUGCGAUUGGGAUUUUCAUACCCAGGUAUUGCAUAUACAUCCUGUUGUUACCCAUAUUUAUUGGGACCAUACCUUCAAUGUAAUUGUUCAAUGUUUGUUGUCCAUAGCAAUUCAUUUGUAUAACGUUGUUUGCCUCAGGAAUUAAAUCACGUGCGCUCCGCUGAAACGGUGGCU